AUGUCGUCAAGAAUCGUCUCGAUGGCCCUGCGCGCCCGCGCCGCCCCCACAACCCUGCGCACCGCCUCACGCUUCCACCAAACCUUCCUCGUCACCCGCCCAUACUCCUCCGACGCCGCGACGCCACCCCUCCUACAGAAGCUCAAGGGCGACCUCAAGGCGGCGAUGCGCGCCAAAGACGCCAACCGGCUCUCCGUCCUGCGCACCAUCAUGUCGGCCAACCUCAACGCGUCCAAGACGGCGUCGCCGAUCCGGACCGACGUGCAGCUGGUGGCGCUGAUGCGCAAGAUUGCCAAGGGCGCCGAGGACGCGGCGGCCGAGGCGCGGGCCGCGGGCCGCCAGGACCUGGUCGACAAGGAGGCCGCGCAGAUGGCCAUCCUCGACGAGUACAUGCAGGGUAGCGGCGUGGCCACGCUCGGCGAGGCGGAGCUGCGCGCGGCCGUGGAGAGCGCGGUGCAGGAGGUCAAGGCGGCGGGCGCGGAGGGCAAGUCCAUCAUGGGCGAUGUGAUGAAGAAGCUGAACGCGGCGCUGGAGGGCAAGGACGUGGAUAAAAAGUCGCUGGCGGAGAUGGUCAAAAAGGUGACUUCGUCGUGA